AUGCAGCUUUUUGGAGGACUUGAAGGUCGUGUAGAGAAGUUGGAGGCUGAGAACGCACACCUCUUCAAUGUCACCAAUAUCCUUGCUAAACGUCUGGCUGAGCUCGAGAAAUGUCUCGACGGUCAGACUGUUACAGCUGCAGUUCCUGUAGUUGAUAGCAAACCUGCUGCUAAACCUGCUGCCAAGCCUGCCAAGAAAGACGACAGUGAUGAUGACGAUUUUGGUUUUGGCAGUGAUAGUGAAGAAGAUACCCCCAAAGGAGAAUCUGAGAUGCAGAAGAUGAAGCGAUUGGCUGCCGAGAAAAAGGUUGCCGAUGCAGCUGCCAAGAAAGAUGCCAAACCUGCAAGAGUUCUUAAAUCCAAUGUAGUUCUGGAUAUCAAGCCUUGGGAUGACGAAACGGAUCUUGGAGAAAUGGAAAAGCAAGUCAGAUCUAUUGCAAUGCAGGGGCUCGUUUGGGGAGAUUGCAAGCAUGUUGAGAUCGGUUUCGGUAUCAAGAAGCUGAGAAUGAGUACCUGCAUCGUUGAUGAGGAUGUUGGUUUGUAUGACCUCGAAGAGAAAAUCGAAGAGCUCGAAGAUUUCGUCCAAUCUGUCGACAUCGUUUCUCAUAACAAGAUCUAAAUCUGUGUUGAAAGAGAGUUUUAUUGAUGCUCAUUCAAAUUUUUAUUUAUUUCUUUGGAACUUUUAAGAUAAA